AUGCACCCCUCGCUUCCGACACGGGCGCACGAGGAGCGAGCGGACGCGCAGUCCCCUCUGUCUGCCCACGCCUCCAAAGGCUUUAGUCUCCCCGCGAGACUCGGAAGCUUUUAUUUGCCGCGCUCCGCGGUCCGCUGCGGCGCCGUUUUCUGUGCGAUCCUUGCACUCCUCGCUUCCUCCCAGCAGCCCCAGAACGGGCUGGUCGCAUCGACCUUUGCUGCAGCGGCGAACGCGGAGCCGGUCGCGGACUCAAUUGACAAUGUGCUUCACGACGCCGAGCCAGAGGAGGACGGCGCUGAAGGCGCAAAUCGAGGCACCGAAAACAUGACUGAGGUGGUCUUCGAGAGCAGUUUUUUCCCAAGCCGCUCUCGGGUGCGACUCUCGCGUCGUCGUGACAAAUACGCUGUUGCAAAAAGGGCUUUGGCUCCGGCGGCGCUUCUGCUUCUCGCUGGUUUGGGUGCUCUCAAGUACUACAAGUACACAUCAUCAGGUCAAACUGUCGAGGGCCUGGCAGGCGAGCAGGUAGAAGAGUCCGACUUCGGUUCUGUUUCGGCGCGCCAGGAACAGCUUACCAGUCAACCCGAUGAGGCCGUGACUCCUGACUCCAGCGAUGUCUCUCGAGAGCGAAUCAAGACGUUGCGGAAAGCUGCCGCUGCAUCGGCAGCUACCUUGCUCAUUGUCUACCUUGCGUACCGCUAUUCGCGCAGCACGUUUGGUGCUUCCGACGUCGCUGAGUUGCUGGGGAAAGUCAUCCAACCCUCAGAAGAACAAGCGCAAGACGCGUCGGCCGCUCAUGACGUGUUUCCUGAGAAACCGAGCGAUUCAGGCCAGGCAGCGGAAGGCCAGGACGCACCUUUACCCGGAGGCUCUGCAUUCGACGACGCGGAAAGUUCGAGCAAUUUCUUGAGCGCCUACAUGCCCGGGGUCCUGAGCAGCCCCAAGCAGCUCCUGACUGGUGCAGCAGUGUUGGCUGCCGGCGGCAUUCUGGGCGGGGUUGUUAAAAAAGGUACGCAUGCAGAUGAGCGCGAGGUUGAAAGACUCCUGCAACGGCUCAAAGACAAAAGCGGCCGAGCCGAUAUGCGCAUGUCGGCGGUAGACGCCGGCAGCAAAGCGGCCGUGGUCCUCGCUGACGAGGUGUCGCAGUUGAGCGACAACAUGACUCAGUUCGAGAGCGACCUGGCCCUCUCGAUUGCUGCUUACCAGACCGCACUUCAAGACUCCGACAAACAGUACCAGGUGAUGGCACAGGAACUGGAGGUAGUGCGCGCCGAGCUGGUGGAGAAGAAGAAACUGCUGAAAGAGCUCAUGGGGAAAUCCCCCGGAGAAGCAGCGGAACUGCUUCAGAAUCGCCUUGACGCCGCACAAAAAGCCGCCACUGAAGAGAAGCAACGAGCAGAGCAACUUGUCGCGGACAUGAAAGUGAAAGAAAAGGCCGUUGCAGACCAGAAAGCAGCGAUCAAGAAGCUCCAAGCGAAACUUGAUGACACACUCCGUCGGGCCCUGCCAGUGGACGACCAGGUCAAGGAAAUUGAGAGCAAACUGCAGGAGGCUCGAGAACGUGUGCACCGGAGAGAAGAAGAGGCAACCAGGCUAGCGAGAGAAUUGGCUGAAGCCGAAGAUGCAAAAGAGUCGCUGGCGAGGACAGUGAAGGAACUACAAAGGAAUCUUAACGAGCACCUCUCUGAUGAAGAGAAAGUGUUCGUUGAGGGCGACAACGAUUUGGACAAGCUAAAAAAGAGACUUGCUGUGGAGAAGAACUUGCGGGCUCAAGCCGAAGCCGAACUGCGAACCGCCGAAGAGACCAAGAUGUCGCUCAAGGGAACCGUGGAAUCGCUCCAACGUGAACUGGAGAUGGCUGACGUCGGCGGCAAGGUUCGCCAGCUGAGGGAACAGCUUGCGACGGAGAAGAAGAAGCAUCAGGGUGCCAGCGAGAGAGCAGAGAGUCUGGAGAAGGCUUUGGCGGAGACGGAGAAAUCACUCUUUGAAGCACAAUCCGAGCUCGAACAAACUGCCCGAGAUGCCGACAUAGCUCAGAGGGAACUGGAGCAAAUGGAGCGUGCUGCGCAGUCACUGCGCGAGGAGCUGAGGAACGCACAAGAGAGUAGAAGGAAUCUCACAAGGAGAGCUGAAGAGGCGGAAGCGGAGGCAACACUGGCGACGAACUACCUAACUGCGUCUGAGAGGGUCCUUACUCAUAUAAAAAAAUCCCUUGACCUUAUCGAAACCGGCGACUCCGCUGUAAAAUACUUGCAAGAUACCGUUCAACGCUUGGAGCAGCAGAGAAUUGCUCUCGAGCAGGAGCUCAAGGAAUAUAAAAAAAAGUUACAAGAGGCUGAGAUCGAGAACGGUGGUUUGAGAGUCACAUUAUCAGAGAUGGAAGAACAGCUGAAAGAAGCGAGGGAAGAACUGGACCGGAGACCUGCAAAGCUGGUAGCCGCUCAGGAAAAACAGGGGCAAUUGGAACGUGAGCUUUUCCUUGCGCGAGAAGGUGUCCUCAGGAUGAGAGAUAUUGUACGUGAAAGGGUGGAUGCCUUGCGCGCACAAGCGAAGCUCCAGACGACCAAGAAACGCAAGAGAGAAAAGAAGUUGUUCUCGCUGAAGACAGCCAUCGCCACGAGCAAAAAGGAAGUGAAGAGACUGAAACACUUGUUGGAGGAGUUGCGCGAGAAGAAGCUAAAGCUCAGUGAGGAGGCCCUCUCAGUGACGGACCAGGAAGAAUUGAGGGCCUUGCGCUCGGAGGAGGAUGAAGUCAAGCAUACAGUUAGCAAGGCCAGGUGGGAACUAGCCACGCUGGAGAGGAAGGUGAAUGACAUGGAGGCAGAAUAUCUUACACAUAUAUCAGACGGUGAGGGAUACCGGGUUUUCGCAGACCUGUUGCUCGAACUCGCAGAUAAACUCGAGCUUGCGCUAGAAGAAGACAAAUAA